UUCCGCAACGACUGAUCGAAGAUGGCUAAUUCAGGUGUAAAACAAUUUGAGGAACAUUUAAACUUUAGAUGUUCUUUAGUUGCUUUAAGUGUUAAAGGUAAGGCGUUGGAAAAUAUAACAGAUGCCAAGCUUCAAGUUGUGCAUGAUUCAAUAAAAAAGAAACUUGGUGCUUUGAAACCAUGUUAUCAGCAGUGCAGUGCUAAACAGAGGAAUGUCAAGAAAUGGUGCUCAAUAUGUGAGUUAUGGCGUAUAGAAUUACAGACGUACAUGACUGGACUGAAUACUCAAAUUAGCUGGAACAAGAUGAAAUCUUGGGAAUGGCCACUACAUCACAAAAAUAUCGCCGACGUUUUUACUGCCACCGAUUGGGAUACUUCCAAUCUAAAUUUGAAAGAUGUAUCUACAAACCUCAACAUAUGGAAAGGGUGUAAGGAGUUUCCGGGACAUUUUGUCCAGUUUUCAAAGUCACUACUAAAAGCAAGAAACAAGUUAUUCCAUGUACAUGCACCGAAUCUUUGUAUGACUUCUCAAGAGAUGACGUCAGUAUUUCGAGCAAUUCACAAAGUAUUGAAUCAUGGAAAUGUCAUUCCGUUGAUACAAAAUUACAAUGAAGUUGCUAAAGCAAUCAAGGAACUUGAGCAGGGUGAUUUACAUGGACACGAGGCAGAUGCUUUAAACGAGUUGAAGAAAAUCGCAGGAACAAACGAAAAAAUGCUGGCGAAGCUGAACAAUUUUCAGUCAAAUUUCGACAGAUUAGAAAAGAAAACGAUGGUAAAUUGUUAUCUGGCCUUCGUCAUACCGAUAUUCAUCACAUGUGUGUUUUUUCCGUACAUGCAGAAGGCAGGGGAUACGGUAGAUGAUUUUGCUGGGAAGGAAAACUAUGUAGUCGACAUAAAGAAUGAAUCAUAUGGAUGUCUGUCAGAGAGGCCACAUCGAUUACUAAAAGACGGUAUUAAUAUGGAGCUCUAUCUUGUACGUGAUAAUCGAUUUGUAGGAAGGAAUUGGUUAUUUGACGAUCUUGCUGAGAAAAUCGUAAAUGAGUCCAUGAGCAGAGGAGUUGUUAUGGUUGCAGAUAUGGGAUAUGGAAAGUCUGCGAUUGUUGCUCAGAUUGUGUGUUCAAACGAAUUGGAUGUGAGUUUUAAGUUACGAAAGAGGCUUGUUGCGUAUUAUAUAUGUAAAUUUGACGUACAGUUGUCACAACGAAGUAAUACAUUCAUCAAACGGGUGUCAUCUAUGAUAGCUCAAAGGUUUACACAAUUUGCACACGUUCUGGAAAAAGACAGGGCUUGUCUUGCGAACUAUGAUAGUGACACUUGUGAACAAGAUCCUUUUGGGUGUAUGGAUCAGUGUUUAAUAGCUCCACUUCGGAAAAUACAAUUAGUUCAAAAUGAGAAAUACAUAAUCGCUAUUGAUGCGCUUGAUGAAUGCGAAGACAAGGACGGUGAUAACGCUAUAUUUGAUUUGUUGAAUUCAGACCGAAUGAAACAAAUUCCGAAUACUUUUAAAUUCAUUAUAACAUCUAGAAACAUCACUGCAUAUUACGCUUUGGCAACGGACUUUUCAUUUAUGAGGUUACGAAACAAUGAUGAUUUUAAUCUUAAAGACAUAAGUUUAUUUAUUAAUGCCUCAAAUAAAACACAAGCAAUAACAGGUCAUAAUUUUAUUAUGCAUAAUUUAUCAAAUUUUUUGUUGGUGUCCAGUAUUGCAAAAAAUCCAGAGAGCUUUGAAGAAGCGACAGAGUUACCUAAAUCAAUCUAUAAAUUUUACUGGAAUCAGUUCAAACGACUUUUCGGAAAGCAGUAUGAUCAGCCGAAAGCCAUUCUUGAAAUAUUAUGUGCAGCGCCAUUACCACCUACUGAAAACUACAUUCAGCAAAUAAUGCAAGUCUCUACAGACAUAACAAACGAACAAUUUUUAGACGUCAUGAAGAAGUUUCAAUAUAUAACGACAUUAGACUUGGGUCCGGUCGUACAUCUGGCACAUAUGUCAUUGAAAAUGUGGUUAAUAAGUAACGAAAGUGGCAGAUAUGGACUUGAUAUAACGCGUGGUCACAUGAGACACGCACUUUAUCUAUUUGAUAAUUUGAGUCAGAAUAAACCAGUUGACCUAGUUGAUAUAGCAAUACAUAUAUCGCACGCAUCUUCAAGAAGUAAACUGAUGGAUAAGUUUCAUAGAAUUAGUCAAAGCAAAGUGAACGAAUCUCAAAUUAUUGUAAAUGACUUACCACAUCAUCGUUUAAUCAAACAGUGCGACUGUGAUGAGGCAAUAGAAGUGCUCCAUUAUCAUUUUCCUAAUGUUAAUGAAUUGAAUCAAGCUGGAAUGUCACCGUUAUAUUUAGCAGCCUCUUUAGGCCGCACAAAGAUAGUUCGAUAUCUUUUAAAACAUAAUGCUGAUAUCAACUUUAGACUAAGAUCUUAUGCAAAUGUUAUUCACCUUGGAUUAGCGGCUGACAUAUCUUUUCAUGAUCGACAUUGGGGAUACGGAAUAAUGGAUAUAGCAGCCCAAAAUAACCAUUUAGAUAUAAUUGGAGAUAUUCUUGUGACAGACGUUACUAUAAGUAGAUAUUCUUUCUACAAAAUGAAUGACUUGAAUCUUUUGCCUAUUCAUUUAGCAUGCAAGGUUGGACAUACAAAUAUUGUCAAGAUAAUUGUUGAACACAUGGCAAACAUGUUAGAUGAUUUAUGUCUUUACCUAGCAGCCGAAAAUGGCAAUGCUAAUGUAGUGAAAUUUGCAUUAAACAAAGGCAUUGAAGACACGUGUCGAACAUGCACAGGAAAUUUAUAUUGGGUGCCAGAAAAUAAGAGAAGAAUUCAAGGAAAGGAUCUAUUAUCUGCUGACGGGUACAGUAAAAAAGACUACGUUUUAUUUUGUGACUGGCAUUUAAUUAUGUGCGAAACAGCCUUGCAUGCGGCUGUAAAGGCAAAUAAAAUAACAACUGUAAACUUAUUGAUAUCACAACCCUCAAAUGCUUUAAAUUGUAGUGAUAGGUCUGGUAGAACACCACUUAUAUCUGCAAUUGUGUACAAUCAUCGGGAGAUUUUCGAUCAAAUUGUUGUCAGAUGUGGGUUUGAUGUUCACCUUAAAUGCCAAAAGCAAAACGACAUCGCAUACAGUUCUCAAUUAAGUGAAAUUGAGCAGAACAAUUUGCACACAUCCAUGUGUGAUUCAGAAUUACCAGUUCUGCAUAUUGCAGGUAAAUGUGACAGACUUUGGGUUUUUCAUAAAUUAGAGCAAAUGGGUGUUAGCUGGACUGAAAUACCAAGGGACAGUGAAGGAUGCCAUGUUGCUCAUGUAGUUGCAUGCCAUGGUAGCUUAAGAGUACUAGACAAGAUAAAGUCUGUAGAAGAGAAUAUUUUACACUUACAUUGUAAAAAUGGCUCAGAUCCACUCCAUUCAGCAUUAACCUGCGGUUCGUUUGAAGCUGUCGACUAUUUAAUUAAGAAAGUAAAACGUUAUCUUAUUUUCCAUAGGUCAAACGCAAGCAAUUAUUUGUUCACAACUGUUAAAGUAAAUGUGUCUAUGGAAACAGCCGAUGAUGCUAAGGAAACUGUUGAAAAAAGCUUUUUAAUUUGUCAAAGUUUAAUCGAUAAUGGGUUUCUUUUAUCUGUGACAGAUCAGUAUGAAAGAAAUAUUUUUCAUUACGCAAUUUCAAACGGGCAUUACAAAAUCAUAUCUGAGCUUCUGGACAAAACAAAUGAGAAUGAUGGGCUUUUAGAUGCUAGGGAUAUAUACGGCAAAACACCAUUAAUUCACGGUCUCGAGAAUCUCCCGCUUACAAAUACAGUUAAACUUUUUAUCACCGCAAACUACACGAAAUAUUUUAAUCAGCUCUCGGCUACCUUAUCACCUCAGGAAUAUUCGUGUUUUAAUAUAUUGUCGUACAUGAAAAUUAAACGAAUGCUGAAAGAAGGUCUGCUUAAAAAAGUGAUGAAAUUACUCGUGCAAAAACGUCGGCUUUCACUUUUUACGGCUAUAUUUAUUUAUAUCGAUUUUAAUUUUGACCCUGCUCUUAUAAAUUACAUGAUUAUUCACGAUAGGAGUAAUAUUUUCUUAUCAAAUUACAUAAUGUCAUCGAUUUUGAAACCAGCCAACGAACAUUCCUCAUUCUUAUUUGAAUUACUGGAAAAGCUUUUGUUAUCUGUGAACUGUAAAUUAUAUUCUUUACCUUGUACUCUACAUGAACUUGCGGAACAUUGUCAUUUUAAAAUCAGCAUGCCAAAAACAUAUAAAAACCCGAUGAUAGAUUGGAAUCAUAUAAUUGCGACAUUUGUAUUCAAUACUUUCAAAAAAAUGCCAAGCUUCCUCCUUGAAAGGUUAGACUACGAGGGUUACAACGUGUUAGAACGAGCUGUACAAGGUUCAAAUGUUGAACUUGUAAAACAAUUUAUCAAAAUGAAGAUUAAAAUAAACAGGAAAGCUGAAGAUGUCCUUGUAUGGCCUAUCUUUGGUAAUAAGUCAAAGUCCAGUGUAACAGUGUUUAAAGACAUUUCAGAUAAUUUGAUUACAUUUGAGAUACAGGAUCAAGAUAUGAUAUUUACAAAUUUAUUAAACUACACUGGCAAAAGUCAAGCACACCAGAUGCAGUAUUUGACAUAUAUUUUGAAAAAUGAUUUUGAUUUUUUUAAAGGAUAUUAUCGGCAAAUGCAUGACGAGAAGGAUACAAUAUUGGCUAUACUACUCACUGAAAAUAGAAAAAUCAUUUCAAAGGAGUUUAUUUGUUCUCAUAAUAGUAGAAACUUUUCGUUUGUGCACUUAGCUGCUAUGCAAGGUUACAGUAAUACUUUAAGGGUUAUCAGAAAGUACUGGGGCCCUAGUAUGAUUCAGUGCACAAAUGCUGAUAAGUUUACUCCAUUAUAUCUGGCUAAGUUAUUUGAUAAUAAAGUGAUAAUAACGUAUUUGGAAAAACAUCAAGUUGAGACUCGCACACCAGAACGCAAUGCGGAAGUACACUUCAUUUUCAAAAUAUGGUCUAGAUUUCUUCUUAACAGAAAUCGCAAAAAGACCCUUUAUUGCUUAAAUCGAUUAAGAAGAAAUACAAUUACGAAUAUUCAUGCGGGAUAUAAAGCAUUUCGCUGCAUAAAACGCAGUGCAGAAGCUUUUGGUAUACUUGAUAAAAUGACAGAUGACUUAGCUGAACUUAAAUCGAUCUUAGUAUUUGUUUCCAAUGUAAAUGGUUUCAAGCAUUAUUAUGAUAUCAUCAGAAUUAUCUGGCGACUCAAAAGUUUUACUUUUGAAGAACACCAAAUACACAUGAAUAGCUUUAAGUAUUAUUUAACCAGAGCACGAAACAGUUGUCGAAUUGCAAGUAAGGCUUUGUUCAAUGCUAUACCCCUUUCAAUUAAGAGAAGAAAAAGAUCAAAAUGCAGUUAUAACGUAGGAUCUAUCGGAUAUAUGAAAGAACAAGCGUUGUUCGCAUUAUUGAAUUUUGGUGGGGAAUAUUUCGGUUUAACGGACUGUGUAAAUAUAUUUGUUAAUUCCAUGGGCUCAACUUGUCCAGGCUUAAGCCAGACCAACAUGAUAAAGCGUGCACUUUCGUCAUCCAAAAGUAAUCUGAGGCAAGUUAUUAAACAGCUAUUAUCAAGUAUCGUGAUGCACACAGUUAACUUUUAUUUUACAUCAGUAUACUUUUCACAAAGGGUAAUGCCAGAUAAUAUGUUUGUUUCUGGUGUUUGGUUAUGGGAUCAUCAUUUAUAUGGUUAUAUGGAUAUCAUACAAAAUAUGAAAUUUUAUCAAGAGACUUUUAUGAUCAGCGAAGGUCUUUCAUCAGAAUAUCUAAGGAUGACAGCAGAAAUCGGAAAGUCCGCUAAUUAUUUACAAUGGAGCAAGAAUGCAAGGACGCUUAUUGAUCAGUUUACUAAUAAGCUAAAGCAUGGGUGAUUAUUGGCUGUAACAAUUCUAAGAAAUGCUUGUAAAAAUGACAAUUUGGAUACGCAGUGAAUGCAAGUCAUUCAAAUGUAUAUAUACAAUGCACUUGAAUUAUUUAAAGCGUUUGAUUGGUAUUUUGACUUGGAGUGUGUUUAAAUUUUUUAGUCACUAUGUGAAGCAAUAAGAGUAAAUAUUACUUGUCAAUAUGAUUAAAGUGUAACGGUUAUAUUAUGUAACGUACAUUUAAUUUAGUCAUCUAACUUUAUUAUGUUGUAUCAAGGCUUUCAAACACUUUAUUGUUAUCAAGCAGUUUAAUACAAAGCAACAGGAAAAAAAAAGAUUCCGUAUAAUUGAUGCAUACUGUCUGUCUAGUUUGGGAAUAUCCAUUCUCUGCUAUAGAUAGCUAUACAGUGUUUUGUUUCAUAUCAAAUGCUGCUGUUGGAAAAUUACUGUUAUUUUAAACUAUAAGCUGUAUAAUGAUACUGUGCAUUGUAUUGUUUCGUGUGCGUGUGUGCGUGUGUGUGUGUGUGUUCGGGUUUAACGUCUUUUUUUUCCAAAAAAAAAUUUAGUCAUAUCAACGACGGUGUCUACUUGUAGCAGUGAGCACAAUGUUCAACUUUAUAGUGCUGCCUCACUGGAAUAUCACGCCUUAGACAUGUGGCACGACUCUCCGCCCAGUCACAUUAUACUGACAUCGGGCUGACCAGUCCUAGCACUAUCCUCUUAAUGCUGAGCGUCAAGCGAGGAAGCUACUAGUACAGUUUAUACGUCUUUGGAAUGACGCGGCCGGGGAUCGAACCCACGACCUCCCGCACUCGAAGCGAACGCUCUACCACUAGGCUACCGAGGUGAACUGUAUGAUAAUACAAACUGUGAAAUACCCUAUAUACCUGGCAAUUUUUCAAACUGUACACCAAUGCAUGUAAUGGCCUAGAACUUUGUUCUACAUGUGUUUUUCUUAAAUCUAUUCGUUCUAAUAAAAUAUCAAAUUGGAUGUUGAACAAUGACAAUCAAACUAAUCGAAUAGUAGUUCUUUUACCCUGCGUGGCAGCGAUAUAACUUCUGAUGCAGUUCAGUGUGAAACGUCUUCUUGUUUCACAGGGACAUUUUCAAAUUCCUUCACAUUAUGCCACUAUAUCUGUCUAUUAGCCGAGUGGUUAAGGUCGCUGACUUUGAAUCACUUGUUGAUUCGAGCGUUGAAUUCUUCACGUGAAAAAGCCAUCCAGCUGGCUUACGGAAGGUCGGUAGUUCUACCCAGGAGCCCGCCCGUAAUGAAAUUAUGCACGGAGGGAGCCUUGUGUCUUUAUCGAUAAAAAUAAUCGAGAUAUGUAAAAAAAAUUGCAUGAUUUCAAAAUUGACAUUAUAUCGUCCAGAAUAUAUACUAGUACUUUUAUAGAUUGUUUUAAUACAUCAAAGGUUUUGAGAUGGCCUACUUGUGUGCUUAUGCGCAGUGUAAGAAAUCUCAAUGCACUAUAUUAAUCGUUUGCAAAUAUUUGUCAUUGUCCCAGACAGGACCAAAGUUAGCAGGGAGUUCUCUUUCUGAUGUUAUUUCUGAUGUUAUGCCAUUUCUGUGUGUCUCAGUUAAUGUAGCGACAAUUUAGAAUAACUUGAUUUGUUAUAUUUCACUCUAUAUUUUUCAGGAAAACGAUAAACAAAUCAAAGGUUAUUUUCAAAUUUAGAUAGCUAAUAUAAUACUAACAUAAACAUAUAUAUACAUUUAAAUGAUACUGCACCCAUGGGAAAUUAUUACGCCCGACGUAUAACCAUCCAUCAUGAAUAAAUAGCGAUAAAACACGGUUCUGAUAUAAAUUAUUUGUUAAUUAAGCUAUAAAAUAACAGUCAAGUUCUCAAAAGUUUCUGGCCAUCAGAAUGGGUAGUGCUUUAAACAUGUAGUAAAAAUAAUAUGUUUUUUUUCUUGUCAUGGAUGUUACAUCAGUUUAGAAUUAUCAUUGCUCGACAUGUCGAAUUGUGUACAGUAUUUUAUUCGUUUUGAUUAAUUGUUUUGUACUAUAUGAUACUUGGUGCCCCUUUAUACUUGUAUGAAGUAAAGAAAUUUUAUCUUAAAAUAUUACAUCUAAUGUUUACUUGGUGUAAGAGAUUUCGCCCUUACACUGAUGAUAUCCUCCAUAUCUUUUAAAUCUUAAUCUAUCACGUUUGAACAGGUAAACCACGUCCAGAUGUCAGUUCAAAAUUGUAAAUACAUUAUUGAGAAAUAAAUACUAUAUAUUGUCAUUUCAA